GGUUCAAUAACUUGUAAACAAAACGAUAUAUAAACACAAGCGUAGUCUUUUCCCAAUCAGCCACAUCAGCGUACUUAAUGAGCCACAGUAACAUUUUCAGUGACCCGAAUUCCGUGCUGGUGUCAUCUGGUCUAAACAGCUGGAACCGCAAGUUGAAGCGUUGUCUUCUGUGUUCAACUGGUGGCGCUGUUCAGGAAAGCCGCCUGAAACGACGUUAUCUCCGGCGCUACAACCAUGGCUACAACUGGAUACUGCAAAGUUCACACGAGCAAACGGAAGUGAAAGUAAACGUGUUUCCUUCUCGUUUAGAAAGUUACGAGUCGUUCCGAAUUAAUGGGCUCCUUUCAGUUUAACUCGUUUUUGCUUGAGAUUUCCAACGAGCUGCCCUCGGACCAGCUGGAGAAGAUGAAGUUCCUGUGUAAAGACAAGAUCGGGAAGAAAGACUUGGAGAAGAUCACCGGCGCACUCAAACUGUUUCAGAUUCUGGCGGAGAGAGGAGAACUGAGAGACGACAAGACCGAGUUUCUGUCGGAGCUUCUCAAUGAAAUUAAACGACACGAUCUGUCAGAAAAGUUGGACAAGUUUCAAAGUGGAUGUGGACACACGGACAAUGAACCGGAGAAAGUCAAACUGGACAUUGCCACGGAGGUGAUUGCAGAAAACCUUGGAAGGGGUUGGCGUAAACUGGGUCGCAAACUUGGUUUGAGUGAUGUCAAGCUGGAGUCCAUCCAUAAAAGGCAUCCCACAGAACUGGAGGAGACAGUGGUGGAGCUGCUGAAGGAGUGGAGGAAGAGUCGAGGAGCUGAGGCCCAAACAGAGGAGCUACUGAAUGCUUUGAGAGCCUGUCAGUACAACCUGACUGCUGAUAAAGUGGAGGACAAACUAUCACUGCUCGAAAAUUGAUGCACAUCAACAGAUCUGUCAACUCUGAAAUUGACGAAAAUUAAAAUUUGCUCUCAAAUUCUAUAUUAAAUUAUGAUUUUUGGGAAUAAAUGUACUUUUGGAAUGUGUUAAAUAUGCACAAGUGAAAGCAAAAAAAAGGUUUUUAAAGAAAGGAAUUGAAGCCUUUUUUUAGUUAUCUGUCAGUGUCAGCGUAUACUGGGCAUGUUUCAGGUUUUUAUUUAAAGACAGAAACAAAGAAA